UAAUAUUAAGAAAAAUUCUGAAUACACAUUAGUCUUUGCAAGCAAAUACCGGCCCACUGUCUGUCUAUCUUCAAAAGAAAAUUUCACAAUUACAAGUAUAAUUACAUUUCCAUUUGAAUUUCUGAAAACAGCCGGGAAGAAAUUAAGCAGAAGACUGUCGUUGACUAAAUUCUUUUCCGUCAUCAGAUAAUUGAACUUUCGUGGCAACGGCCGAUUGAAAAGGGGGAGUUUGAGUUAAACGAUUCGCCAUUUGGCUCGUAUAUAUACCGUGCAGAAUAUAACUCGCGAAAAAGUCAUAAAAAUAUUCAAAGAGCAAAUAAGAAGGGGCCGUUUUUCAAAUUGAAAUAAAAUAAAACAAAUCGAUAAAAAAAAAACGUAAACUGAUGGACCACACACACGCGCGUGACCCGAGAGUCUUGUAUAGAAAGGCGCCCCCCUCUCCCCCCAGUCGUUAACCAGAGACUCGAGGAUCUUUCGAGAACAUGUCGUAAAAGUCAACACGCAUUAGCUAUAAACAUAUUAUGAUCCGCUUCCAGGAAAUGCAUUUACAAUGGCUCGUUGCUGGGUUUUCGGUGGAUUCGCAACAGCGCUAAACUGGGAAUCGAUUAAUUUUGUAGAAUUUAAUUUCUGAUAUUCUUAAUGCACUACAACUGAUGCUUCCUUUUUUGCAACAGAGAUUAACUCGUUUGUUACACAACAAAGAAAAACAAAAAACGAAAUGUAAACAUCAUCCGCUGGAUUGAUUUUUAAUCACUCCGGCCGAGUCACGUAACAACAACCCAAAAUAAUCCGAUCACGGAAAUAACAAGGAAACUUGCAUAACUUCUUCCUAUAGAAAAUCCUUCCUAAAUAAAUGUCAAAAGUAGUCAUUCGGGAACCAAAACAAUCCAACCCACCCAUUAUUCUACGCCCGUUAAUCGGCCCCUUCUCCCAUAAACAGCGAACCGAUCGAUAAAAUAAACGACACCAAUAAUAAGCAACAAAUAAAAAUACUGAUUAGAAUACCCAAAUUACGACAGGAUUCCAAUCCUGAUAUCAAAUAAAACAACAAAGUAAAUUACCGAAAUCGUUUGUUUUUUCUUUCCCGAAUGAUUAAAGUUAAAACUGACCAUCAGUUUAGUUUUAGAGUAUAUAGUAGGUCAGCGGUCACCCCCUAGAACUGUUUGUCGUAUACCGAGCGAGAGAGAGGUUUCCGUGUCGUGUGUCACUCCAUGGACGUCCAAGUUUUCGGCAACGUAAAUCAUCGAUCCAACGAACAGCGCGGGAGCGGGAUAUGGUCAUAAAGUUUUACAACAAAACUUUCGAUACCAGGUGAUGAAUUGACUGUGGUGGAGGACUGGGGGGGAGGGAGGUGCAUCAAAGGGGGAGAAAAAAUACUGAAAAAAGCCAAGAAGCAGUGGCUGUUGCCACAGAAGAAUAGACUCGAACACGACGCCAGACUGGCAACAACCAACGUUCUAGCCGCUUCCAACUCGAUUGCACAUCCAUACCCCGUGAAACUGGGGACAACUUUGAUCCGUCAGCCCCAAAGUGAAUUGUGUAUCCCCUACAUUCCCCCCCUCUUUCCCGUCUAAGCUCGUCAGUGUUCGUAUCGACGUGUCCAGGUAAAGUGUGCACGGGUGUUCGGCAAUCGUCAUCCCAGAAAGGAUAUUUUUUUCCCCAUUCGUGAUUGCGCAUUUCCACGCCAAAUAAUGGCACAUCACUUGUCCGCCAUCGUCCGUUUGUGUGGGCUGUUUUGGCUUUGCUCGACGGCCAGCGGUCUGUCCUUUGAAGAAUCAGUGCAACAACUGUCGAAAAAUUACGUGGAAAUCAAAGAAGUUUUGGAAGCCAAAGUCGUCCGUCUAGAGUCGAAAGUGAGCGGAUUGGAAUCGAAAAUCCAGCAGCAGAAUUCGCUGAUCGCUACGCUGCAAAAGGAAUGGCAAAGCGAAGAGAUGGACAUGAAGUUGCACGAAACCAAGGCCAUCGUCGAGGAUUUAUCGAUCAAAUUAAACGAGAGAACGGGCGCCAUGGUGGAAAUUGGGAAAAUGCCGUCGUCGUGCUCGGACCUCCAGCGGAUGGGACAUAAACUCAGCGGACUCUAUUCGGUGAUCGGCACCCGAACGGUGGAAAUGGUUUACUGCAAUUUUUACCCCAAUGGCAAAGAAAUGCAAAAGUGGAUCGGGUUCGCCGACGUCAAAUCAUCGCCCACCUAUUUCUACGUGUCGAGAAGUAACCCGUUCACCGAGACCAACACGCCCAUCACGUUCGACGUGGAGCAGCUCAACGUCGGCCGGGCCAUGAACCUGCAGACGGGCAAAUUCGUGGCGGCCAGGGCCGGCAAGUACAGUUUCUCCGUUUCGGGCGUGGCAUAUUUCCCUUACACGCCGCUGACUCCCGGCCUGUACAACGAAACUCCCGUUCUGGCCUCCUUCCGCUUUCAAAUCAGUUUGAUCAAAAACGGAAACUGGAUCGGCUCCGGCUACUCGCACACGACCAACACGGGCGGCACGUUCGAAACCUUCUCACUCGACUCGACCCUCAGUUUGAUUAAAGGCGACCAGGUCUGGGUGGAGAUCUCGGAAAUGUCCGACAAGGUCCUGCUGUACGGGCGCCGCUUCACCCACUUUACCGGCGUCUUCCUAGAGGAGGAAUUCUCCCAGUAG